AUGUCGGUCGCUGCGAAACCGCGGUCUGCCGCGCUCCUCGGAGUUCCGAUUUCUGUGUCAGGGUCUGUCACGUCACCUGCACAGCCGCUUCUUGUCCUUGCCCACGGUAGGCGGGCUUCCAUUUCACAGGCCGCUUUGACGGCAGGUCGGCGGACACGGAAUUUCAGUUCGGGCUUUUCUAGUAGCUAUGACCCGACCGAUGACGCGGGCCGUGGGCCUAUGUUCAAUAAGGCCAAAUUCGGCGUUCCACAGUUCUACCCACGCGACCUGAAGAAGAGAGUCGACGACUACGUUAUUGGCCAGGAUCGAGCGAAAAAGACAAUAUGCGCUACAAUCUUCAACCACUAUCAACGGCUACGUCGCAAGCACCACCAAGACGACUCGGAUCGCGUAUUGCGCGAGAAGAUGCAGCGGCAGCGCUUUGCCCGAGACCGGGACCUUCACGACAAGCACAAUGAAAGUAGCAUGGAUGGUACGAUGUCUCCUGAUCCACAUGAGCACUUUCGGUUUGCUGACUGGAAACCCACAGACGAGUUCCCCGAUCGCAUAGAGGAGGCGGCAUUCGCCGACCAUCACUCGGACCCUGCUGAAAACUUCUACGCAAAGGAGGACACAUCUAUACCUCAGCACGUCAAGAUUGACAAGAGCAACAUUCUCCUUAUCGGCCCUACAGGUGUGGGCAAAACGUACAUUCUAGACUUCACCCAAGCUGGCUACAUUGGCCAGGAUGUCGAGACAUGCAUCGAGCGGCUUCUUGUCGAAGCAGACUUCGACACGAAGGCUGCAGAGUAUGGCAUCGUUGUCCUUGAUGAGUUUGACAAGAUCGCUAGAAGAGAAACAACGCACGGUCGCGAUGUCGGCGGAGAGGGUGUGCAGCAGGCUCUUCUGAAGCUCGUUGAAGGAACCAGAGUUACCGUCAGCGUGAAAGACAGCCGCUCAUCGUCCCGCUCUGCAAACCCAAUCACGACCACCUACGGGUCGCCCAGCUCAACAUCACCGCCGCAGGCGACACCACCAUCUGCAAAAAUGGAUCAAUACACCAUCGACACAAGCAACAUUUUGUUUGUCUUUACGGGCGCUUUUGUGGGGCUGGAUAAUCACGUUAUCCGUCGAGUGGCCAAGCCGUCCAUCGGAUUCGGGUCCGAGAUUCGAAGCACGAAGGGCUCGCCCCUGUCCGGUAGCAAAGCCGUUCUGCCGUUGGCGGCGUACGCGCAUCUUCCUCACCAACCGUCGUUUGUGGACCCGACCACUGUUGGCUUUACACCCCUGGACCUCGCCAGCCCACUGGACUUGCAGGCUUUUGGGUUCAUCCCGGAGCUGAUUGGUCGCGUUCACAACAUCUGUGCAUUAUCACCACUGUCACUUGACGAACUAUACCGCAUCUUGACGGAGCCUCGCAACAGCUUGGUGGAGCAGUACACGGCUUUAUUUGAAACGUACCCCAGCCGCCUUCGCUUCACACAACGGGCGCUUUAUGCUAUUGCCGAACGAGCACAGAAGAACGAGACCGGCGCCCGCGGCCUGAAAAUGGAGAUGGAGCGUGUCCUCGCAGAGCCCAUGUUCGAUGCGCCUAUGGCGUAUGUAUUGAUCACAGAGGCAUGUGUCAAGGGUAAAGAAAAGCCGGGAUAUUGGGGCAAGGACGGGCGAUUUGAGAUUGAGCGGCGAAUACGCGACGAGGAUGAGGGCCUUAAUGCAAACGGAGACACGAAUGGCGGCGUUUCGUUCGGGCAGUUGAGAGAGGCCGGGCAGAGUGGUGCAUAA